AUGCCAAUCAGACCAAACGCCCGCGUCUUCCGCGACAUGGCCACCCGCCAAGCCGUUCAAUCCAACGAACUCGUCCGUCGAGCCUUCAAGUACAUCGCACGCAACACCACCCUCCCACAAAAAGUUCGUCACCAGGCACAACUCCAACUCAACCAGUUCCCCAACAAGACAAUUCCAGUGGCUGUCUCAAAUCGAUGCACAGAGACUGGCCGUGGACGGGGUGUAAUCUCUGAAUUUGGGCUAUGUAGAUAUCAGUUCAGAAUGAAGGCGUUAGCGAACGAAUUGCCCGGUGUUAAGAAGGCUUCGUGGUAA